UCUUCAGAGAGCCUUCCGAAUUUCUAGUCAUUCCAUUCUAGAUAUUAAAGGCGGACGUUUAAUAGCUCGAAUCGCUGUAACGGGAGUAGUCAUUUAAAGGUGUUAAAGAAACUUUGGAGUGAUUGGGCCAAAGUUCUAAAUUUAACUCAGUUUAAUAUUCAAAAGUGUUUUAUUUCCUUUAGUACAAGCAAAAUGCUUCGCCCAAGUUUGGUAUCUAGAGUGGCAACCACUUGCCUUUAUAAAAAGGGAGUCAAUUGCUCGAGGGCUCUUGCGACACAGGCUGAGCCGGCAUCACCCUCCGUGAAAACUGAAGUCCCCGGUCCAAAAACGAAGGCACUCAUCAGUGAGCUGAAUCAGAUCCAGAAUGCCCAAGCUGUUCAGCUAUUUGUCAAUUAUGAUAAAUCAAUCGGAAACUAUUUGGUCGAUGCUGAUGGAAAUGUACUAUUGGAUGUUUACACACAAAUCUCUUCAAUGCCCUUGGGCUACAACCAUCCUGAAAUGAUCAAAGCGUUCAAAGAAGAUCAUAACUUGCGAACAUUAAUCAAUCGUCCUGCUCUUGGCGUUUUCCCUGGAGAAGAUUGGCCGAAAAAAUUGGAAAAUAUCCUGUUAACUGUUGCACCGAAAGGCCUCCAAAAUGUAACCACAAUGAUGUGUGGAUCAUGCUCCAACGAGAAUGCCUACAAAUCCAUAUUCAUCUGGUAUCGUCGAAUUCAACGUGGUGAAAAAAUAGAAUUCACUGAUGCCGAAAAGAAUUCAUGUAUGAUCAACAUGCCACCAGGAUCACCUCAUUUAAGUUUGCUUUCAUUCAAAGGAGCAUUCCAUGGUCGUACCUUAGGAGCUCUUGCAACCACACAUUCAAAAUACAUCCACAAAAUCGAUAUUCCAUCCUUCGACUGGCCGAUUGCUUCUUUCCCACAUUAUAAAUAUCCUUUGGAGGAAAACGUCCGUGACAACAAAGAAGAGGACGAACGAUGCUUGGCUGAAGUAGAAGACCUUAUUAGUCAGUAUGCCAAGAGAAAUAUACCAGUCGCUGGUAUUGUUAUUGAACCGAUUCAGAGUGAGGGUGGUGACAACGAAGCCUCGCCAGAAUUCUUCCAAGGAUUGCAGGCUAUUGCCAAGAGAAACGGUUCAGCUUUGCUUAUCGACGAAGUACAAACAGGAGGCGGUGGAACUGGAAAAAUGUGGUGUCAUGAACACUUCAAUUUACCCUCCCCACCAGAUGUAGUUACCUUCAGUAAAAAAAUGCAAUUGGGUGGCUAUUUCCAUGCCCCUGAAUUCAAACCUAAGGAAUCAUAUCGCGUAUUCAACACAUGGAUGGGAGAUCCAGGCAAACUUGUCUUGCUGGAACGCGUUCUAGACGUUAUUAAACGCGAUUCACUUCUCGAUAAUGUCGCACGUGCUGGUAAUCGUCUUAAGGGUGGUUUGUUAGCCAUUGAAAAGGAAUACUCACAUUUGCUGAAUUCGACACGUGGUCGAGGCACUUUCUUAGCUAUUAAUUGUAAGAAUGGAAAACUGCGAGAUGAUAUAAUCCAUAGGCUCAAACAAAAGGGUAUUCAAUCGGGUGGAUGUGGUGAAUUAUCUAUUCGCUUCCGUCCCGCUUUAAUAUUUGAGGAAAAGCAUGCUGAUAUUUUCUUGGAUAAAUUCCGUCAAGUAUUGAAAGAAUUGUAAACUAUCUAAAAAGCAAGAAAAGUAAAAAUUGAGCAGAUAGAUAAUUAGGUAGAAGCAUUUGGAGUAGAUCUUUCUAUGAUGGCGGUAUUACAGAACGGGAGAUGGAAACAAGUUUUCAGUGACUUAGGCUUGAAGUUCAGCUCAUAACAUAAUGAGUGAAAAUUACCUUACAAGUGUUCCUGAAUGUCUGAACGUAACAAUAUUGUGUCAAACACGAACGUCUUCAUUAUUUAUUAAAAGGAACAAAUUGCUGCCACGUUCACUAGCCAAAUUUGCCUAUUGUAUGCUAAGUGGUCUACUUCCAAAUGCACCCAACAACCUCAGAACCUAUUCCACAUUCCGCAGAAUUGCUUUGCCGCACAAACAAUUAAAGAAGGAAAACUGCUCAAAAUAUAUGUUAUUUUAUGGUAAAUAAUUUUCUAUAAAAAAACCUGUAAAUUUGCGUUGCAUUUAGUUCAAGUAAAAAUGGCACCUUAACAUUAGCCAUUGAUUUUUUUUUCAAAAACAAGAAUGCAUUUAUUCCUUGUUCCUAGUUUGUUCUGUAAGUUUUAAGUUUAAUAUAUUAUGUAUGAAUUCAUUCAGUCACUGGAGUGUAUAAUAUGUUUGCAAUCAAUAGUCUUCCUCAUGAAGCAAUCAACGUCUUCCAAUUAGCCAUUGAAAAGUAAUAAUAUUGGUGUUUAAUAGAUGUACUGUUUUUAGUUGAAAAAUCACAAAAAUUGCACAAAUAUCAUGUUCAAAAUGGAAUUUAAAAAGAAAUGAAACAGCUAUAAAUAUUGUAUGUUAAAUCUGUGAGAAGAACAUUAAAAGAUUAUUCUU